ACUGUAUUGGUGUCACUGGGAAUGUCAGUGACACCAAGUCAGAGAUCCCGCAUGGCCAGGGAUGAAACUAGGACAAUUUAGACAGGAGCAGGGGCGGACUGAAAACUCAUGGGUCCCCCGGCAAUAGGGGAUCAUGGCUGUGUGUGUUUGUGUUUCACUGUAAGCACGCUGCUUUGUAUGGCUGUGCUAUGCAGAGCCAUACAAAGCAGUGUACAGGAGCUGACAGUGGAGAGAUCUGUAUUGUUUACAUACAGGUCUCUCCCCCGUCGGUAAUACUCAGCGUUUACCGGGUGCCAGCGAGUAAUCA